AUAGAACAACUGCAGUGACUGUAUAAGCAAGAAAGAAAAAAGAGCUUACAGGCAUUGCUUUAUGAUCACAGAAGAGUUGGACUGCAUUGAGUAUAGGCUUCGGAUUACAGUAAAUAAGCACUAGGAGUGAAACAGAAAGGAAACUGAGGUUUGGGAUACUUAAUUAACAAUGAAGAUACUUUUUGCUUUAUCAAUAAUAUUGAUAAGCACUGCAGAAGAUGGGUUUGCAAGACCAAAAAAUUUGAUUCGCUCACGUCGCACUGUCAGCCCUGGGUUACAUUCACAUGGUAUCAGAGAUUUUUAUGGGCAUUACUGCCAGCAAAGACAAACCUGCUGCCCAGGUCGUGAUGACUCUUGUACAGUGCGAUACUUGGAUACUGUCUGCUACUGUGACCUCUUCUGUAACCGGACCAUCUCAGACUGUUGUCCUGAUUUCUGGAACUUCUGUCUGGGGACACCUCCUCCACCAUCUUUAUUCCAAGACUGUCGAAGAAAUAAUCAAUAUUUCAAGUCUGGAGCAACUUACAAAGAAAACUGCAAUCUCUGCACCUGUGGUAAAGAUGGAAAGUGGCAUUGUGAAGAAAAUGCAUGUCUGAUUAAUGAAGAAUUGAUUAAGGAAAUCAACAUCGGCAAUUAUGGAUGGAAGGCUGGAAAUUACAGCCAGUUCUGGGGAAUGACAUUAGAUGAGGGAAUUCGCUACAGACUAGGAACCACCAAACCUUCAUCCACAGUCAUGAAUAUGAAUGAGAUACAAAUGAGUAUGGAACCUACUGAAAUUUUUCCAGUCAGAUUUGAUGCAAGAGAAAAAUGGCCCCAUAUGAUUCAUGAACCUCUGGACCAAGGAAACUGCGCUGGUUCAUGGGCGUUCUCUACAGCAUCUGUAGCAUCUGACAGACUGUCUAUUCACUCGAUGGGUCACAUGACACCUGAACUAUCUCCCCAGAAUUUGUUGUCUUGUGAUAAACAAAACCAAGGGGGCUGCAAUGGUGGAAGACUUGAUGGUGCCUGGUGGUAUUUAAGACGAAGGGGUGUCGUGAGUGAUAUCUGCUAUCCCUUAGGGAGCCAGGGAUCAGGCCCCAUGGUCAAUGGUCCUUGUAUGAUGCGUUCCCAUUCAGUUGGUAGGGGAAGAAGACAGGCCACCAUGCAAUGUCCAAACCCAUAUUCUGAGUCGAAUGACAUCUUCCAGACUACACCACCUUACAGGUUGUCAAAAAAUGAAAAAGAAAUUAUGAAAGAAAUAAUGGAAAAUGGCCCCGUUCAAGCUAUUUUGGAGGUUCAUGAAGACUUCUUCGUUUACAAAGGUGGAAUAUAUCGACACAUGCUGGUUAUGGAAAGAAAUCCAGAAAAGUAUCGCAGACACGGAACACACUCUGUAAAAAUUAUUGGGUGGGGAGAAGACAUAGGACACCGAGGAGAACAAAACAAAUACUGGCUUGCUGCAAACUCUUGGGGUAAGAACUGGGGUGAGAAUGGUUAUUUCAGAAUUGCCCGUGGAGAAAAUGAAUGUGAGAUUGAAAGUUUUGUUGUUGGUGUUUGGGGAAGAGUUUCCAUGGAAGACAUGCACCACAAGAAAUGAGACAUUUUCUCUGCACCACUAAAACCAUCCUGCAAGAACAGAAACUUUGACUGAACUAAUGAACUGCCUACAGGCCCUGAAGUUUCUGAUCUUCAACAUCUCACCUGGCAUUUGACUUUUAUAUAUGCAGUUUUUGGACAAAUAUGACAAAGGAUAAAGUGACUGUAGCUGUGCAUUCCUCUCUAAAGUAUAUUUGAGUUUUGAGGGCAGCAAUUCAGAGUUAUUUUAAGGCUUGAUUAGACUAUUUAGACUUACUUUAUGUAUGCUCUGUAUACUUUAGCUAUGUAAAGAUUGUGAGCACAUUUCACUUAUCUGAAUGUACAACAACAUAACAGCAGACUUUUCUUACAGUUUUAUUUAAGUAUUCAUUUUAUUGAAGAAAGACAUGCUAAACCAAAGUGAUGUUUGCAAUGCAGUGGUAGAAAUCAUCAUACAGAAAGGAAUGCAAUUAUGCGGUAAAUGCAAUCUAAAGUCUUAAAACAAAUAUAGAGAAGUAGAAAUGCAGAGUUUGCUAAAUCAUUUGCAGUCUGAGGUCAUAGAGUUUGUUAGUUUGUCAGCUUGUCACUUGUCUGACCUGGGUUUGUUUGUGCACUGGGUGUAACUAGUCAGUCUGGUCAGAUUUUCUCAGAUUUGCAAACCUAAUUUUUGCCUUGUCCCCUUGGGGUAGAGACAUAUUUUACUGUAUAAAAUUUAAACUCCUCUUCAGUAUGAGGAAUUGCUAUGUUUGAUAGUGUGGUCAUAUCAUUUGGUAUUUAAAUCUACAUACACGUCACAUGCUUGAUAGUGUUGCAGUGUAGCCAUGUAAUUACUGUCGAACCUCAGAUGUAAUGAUGUCCUAUAUAUACUGUUCCUCCACUAGUGCUAUACUGAGACACUUAAUACUGCUACUUGGAGACUUAAGUAUACUGUAUAUAACAGAAAUAGAAGGGAUGGUCACCUAACUGCUUAAAGGGGGGGGGGGGUAAAAGACUGCUCUGUAGUCAGAGAGAAACAUUGUUAAAUCACUACAACUGAUAAAGCAGUAAGCAAAACAUUUAAUAAUAUUUCAGUUAAAUUCAGUCAUCUAAUGAAACAGCAACAGUUGUUACAGAAAGAAAAACACCAGCUAUUGAUUUGAAACCUGAGAAUAAUUUACAUUUAUUUCCUGGUUAGUUGAUAGCGUGGGAAAUUUAUAUUGCUUGUUUGUCACUUAGCUUGAAAAACUAAGUAAAAUGAUCUAGCAAGUGAAUCCAAUGACAGCAGCAGUGCUAGCUGUAUGAUUGUGGUUCACCCACCAGAGUUAAGAGAGUUUAGACCCCUUAGGUGGAAUAAUGCAGCUGGUAGGGUUGGGGCAGUUAGAAUAAAACAUUCAGAAUGCCACUAGUGCUAUUCACUGAGCCAGAUAACAUAGUAAAUUAGAUCAAGAUAUUAUUUUUAAAAAGAUUGUAGUACUAUUAAGAGUGAACAUGAUUAACAUAGUUAUGGCCCCCAGGACAGUACUUUAAAUCAUGGCUCCCACAGCAAAGUUAGUUAAGAAAUUGGCUGGCUAAUCUUAUCACCCAUUUUACCUCAAUUGAUUGAUUUUAUAUGAUAAGCUUGCAUUUAUACUGUGUGUCCAUAUACAUAUGAUGUUUCCUCUCAUGUUUCUCUCUCUUUCUCUCUGUGAUUAUCUGUAUGUGUAUAUUCAUGAUGGUCUUGUGUGUGUGUGUGUG